AUGACUCUUGUUGUGGCGUCCACUCCCGUGCUCUGUGCCUAUGCAGCAGCAGCAGGGACACUCAGCCACUGGACUUAUUUCUUGCAUGGCGAACACCAUCUCUCCGCUCCUUAUUUGCUGAGAAUUGCGCUACUAAUCCCGAUUGUGACAUUUAUCUACUUGUGGAAGUACACUGUCCUAGACGCAGUCCAGGCUAUUGCCCUGACAACCCAACUAGGGUGUUCAUACUACGCGGCCCUCUACACCAGCAUCAUUCUAUAUAGAGUCUUCUUCCACCGGCUCAGAAACUUCCCAGGACCCCGUAAAGCACGAGCAACCAAGCUAUGGCAUGUUUGGAAACUGGCGCCGAAGUCGAACAACUACAUGGAGCUGAAUAGUCUACGGGAGAAGUACGGUGACUACGUUCGCACCGGCCCAGCGGAAAUAACAAUCUUCGACCCCGACGCCGUUCCAAUCCUUCUUGGCCCUUCAUCGAAAUGCUCCAAGGCCCCCUGGUACGACGCCAACCACCCCGUUAUCUCGCUGCAUACCCUGCGCGACAAGAAAUCGCACGACGCAAGACGCCGGAUCUGGGAUAGGGGCUUUGGCGCAAAAGCCCUCCGCGCCUACGAAGACCGAAUAAUGGGGUACUCGCGGGCCCUGCAAGCCCAAAUCUCGCGACUCUCAGCACAAGGCGACCACCCCAUCAGCGCGUCCGACUGGUUCCACUUCUACAGUUUCGACGUGAUGGGGGACAUCGCAUUCGGGCGGUCGUUCGAGAUGCUGAAAACGGGCAGGCCGCAUUUUGCGCUGAACUUGCUCAAAGAGGGCAUGGCGCCGCUGGGGGUCUUAGGGCCGGUUCCGUGGGCGUUUUGUAUUCUUACGAGUAUUCCGGGGCUGGGGGGUGGGUUUAAGGCGUUUGUUGAGUGGUGUUCGGAGCAGGUUGAGAAGAGGAAGGGGAUUCAAAUGGGUGUGCCAGACCUCAUGUCCUGGCUCAUUGAGUCGAGCGAGAAGGUGGAAAAGAGCCAGCGCAAGGCCGCAGAGGCUCUCUUGCAUAGUGAUUCCCGACUCAUCGUGGUGGCGGGGAGUGACACCACCGCAUCGACCUUUACAUUCAUGUUCUACCACUUAGCCAGGGAUACAGCAAUGCAGGAUAAACUCCGGAAAGAACUGAACUCGCUGCGAGAAUCAGAUGGGAGUUUCUCCUUCAAGACUCUCCAAAGCGCCGAGUUGCUGAAUGCCAUCAUAAACGAGACUCUGCGUCUGCACCCACCGGUCCCUUCAGGUACGCUUCGCCUGACGCCCCCGGAGGGGAUCAAGAUUGGAGAGACUUUUAUUCCUGGGCAUACUACUGUGGUUUCACCGAGCUAUUCGAUUGGAAGACUCGAGAGCUGCUAUGAGAAAGCAGAUGAAUUCAUCCCAGAGCGCUGGACCUCGAAGCCGGGGCUCGUAAAGAACAAGGCAGCUUUUGCGCCAUUCUCGCUUGGAUCAUUUUCGUGCGUGGGAAAACAGGUGGCGCUGAUGGAGCUGCGCAUGACAACAGCACUUCUAGUAACAGAGUUUAAUAUUCGCUUUGCACCGGGAGAGAAUGGGCAGCGGCUACUGAAUGAAUCGAAGGAUUUCUUCACGAUGUCUAUCGCGGAUUUGGAUCUUGUAUUUACUUCCACGGCGGGAUAG